AUGUGCAGAAUAGAGCAAAAACAUAGUGAAGAAAGUGGUGGUUGGAGGAGGAGGAAGUGGGGUUUAGGUUUAGGUUUAGGCAUAGGUAUAGGAUUAGGGGUGAUGGGGUUGAAAGGUGGGAACCUUAUUGCUCACAGUAGAGUAGAGAAGUUGAGGAAUUCCAUGGUUUCUCGGUCCAAAAUGAAGCUAUGGAUUCUGAGGGCUACUACCUCCAUUUUGUUGUGGAUAUGCUUGGUUCAAUUGACUGCAUUGGGUGAGACCUUCGGCCCGAGGAUUCUGAUUGGUUGGCCGUCUUGUUUCUCUCAGGAGUCUACUCCUGCAUCUACCACCACCGCCACCGUCGUGGCGUUGGAUGUCAAAUCUGCCCCGGAGGAUGUUCCUUCCCGGGUUCUUCCUCCCAAGAGGGUUUACAAGAAUAAUGGUUAUUUGAUGGUUUCUUGUAAUGGAGGCCUAAACCAAAUGCGGGCUGCGAUAUGUGACAUGGUAGCCAUUGCAAGACAUUUGAAUGUGACACUUAUAGUUCCUGAGCUGGACAAAACUUCUUUUUGGGCAGAUCCAAGUGAGUUUCAAGACAUAUUUGAUGUCGAUCAUUUCAUUACAUCUUUGAGAGAUGAAGUCCGAAUAUUGAAAGAGCUGCCACCGAGGUUGAAGCAAAGAGUGGAGCAGGGAAUUAUUUACACCAUGCCUCCUAUUAGUUGGUCUGGUAUACCUUACUAUGAGAAUCAGAUUCUUCCACUUAUACGGAAGUACAAAGUUUUGCACUUGAACAGAACCGAUACUCGUCUUGCCAAUAAUGGUCUUUCGAUGGAUAUUCAGAAGCUGCGUUGUCGAGUCAAUUUUAGUGCUCUCAGAUUUACACCUCAAAUUGAAGAGCUGGGUAGAAAGGUUAUCAAACUACUCAGACAAAAGGGUCCUUUCCUAGUGCUUCAUCUUAGAUAUGAAAUGGACAUGUUGGCCUUUUCUGGUUGCACUCAGGGAUGUAAUCAGGAGGAGGUGGAUGAGUUGACAAGAAUGAGAUAUGCUUAUCCUUGGUGGAAAGAGAAAAUUAUAAAUUCCGACUUGAAAAGGAAGGAUGGUCUAUGCCCAUUGACACCUGAGGAAACUGCUCUUACUUUAAGAGCUUUGGACAUUGAUCAGAGCAUCCAAAUAUACAUCGCUGCUGGAGAAAUAUAUGGUGGAGAGAGGAGAAUGGCUAGUCUUGCAGCAUCCUAUCCAAAUUUGGUGAGAAAGGAGACACUUUUGGAUCCGUCAGACCUUAGAUUUUUCCAGAAUCACUCUUCACAGAUGGCUGCACUGGACUAUCUUGUUUCACUUGAGAGUGAUAUAUUCGUUCCAACAUACGAUGGGAACAUGGCUAAAGUUGUCGAAGGCCACAGAAGAUAUCUCGAAUACAAGAAGACUAUUCUUUUGGACCGAAGGCUUCUAGUUGACUUGAUAGAUCAAUAUACUGCGGGAUCACUGACGUGGGAUGAGUUCUCUGCUGCUGUUAAGGAAGCACAUGCCGAGAGAAUGGGCAAUCCUGUAAAAAGAGUAGUGAUUCCAGAUAGACCGAAAGAGGAAGAUUAUUUCUACGCCAACCCUUGGGAGUGUUUGCAGCCAUCACCCGAAGAUGACCUGUUGAGUAGUAUAUGA